AUGAGAUACAGAAGAACAAUAAUUCCAUUAUUACUGUUACUUUUUUUACUGUUUCUAUGGGCUGUGCAUAACAAGCAUCAUUUCAGGCCAAAGAAACUGCAGCAAGUGUACCAGUGCUGGUCUAUGAAUGAUCAACCAGCAAAACUACAGCUAUCAGACUGGUAUAGUCCCAAAGCAGUUAAUACAGCCUCAAGCUUGAUUACCAACUGGUCGGCCCCAGUUGUGUGGCACAGCUUUUACAAUGAUGAAAUACUGGAAAAUUACUACGCAAAACAUAAAAUUACUGUGGGGUUGACUGUGUUUGCUGUGGGAAGGUAUAUCGACUACUACUUGCAAAGAUUUAUAGCGACUGCUGAUAGGCAUUUUAUGGUUGGCCAGAAGGUGAUCAUUUAUGUCAUGAUAGAUGACUUCUCCAAGAUGCCGUGGAUGCCGCUGAGUCCCCACCGCUCCAUCAAGGUUUUUGAAAUCGAGCGAGAGAAGAGAUGGCAGGAUGUCAGCAUGAUGCGAAUGAAGAUCAUCAGUGAGCACAUCGUAGAUCACAUCCAAUACGAGGUCGACUUCCUCUUCUGCAUGGAUGUGGAUCAGGUCUUCCUAAGGAAGUAUGGCCUGGAGACUCUGGGAGAGUCAGUUGCUCAGUUACAUGCUUAUUGGUUUCAGGAAAACGCCACCCAAUUUCCUUAUGAGAGAAGUACAUUAUCAGAAGCAUAUAUACCUAUGGGUGAGGGGGAUUUUUAUUACCAUGCUGCUGUAUUUGGUGGCACUCCCAUUCAGGUUCUCAAUAUUACCAGGGAGUGCUUUAGAAAAAUCAUGAAGGACAAGGAAAACAACGUUGAAGCAGUGUGGCAUGACGAAAGUCACUUAAAUAAGUAUUUCUUUCUCCACAAACCUACAAAAAUCUUGUCACCAGAAUACUGCUGGCCUUUCAGAUUACCUGCGAUCUCUGGGAUUAAUACUGUCAAACUCUAUUGGGCUCAGAAGGAUUAUAACUACCUUAGGGUGAAAAACUAA